CUGCCAUCUCAAUCCGCUUCCGCAUUCUCGAAUUUCCAGCCACCAAAGACCUAAUAGGUUCCGAGUGGAUCAUACUAAAUUAUGGCUACGGAACCAAAAAGUUUGCAUCCUGGCGAGGAAGCCAUCCCAUCAUUCCAGCGAAUUGAAACCCUGAAACACGCGCCAUUAUGACAGCCUAAGCAUCUCAUCUCCAAGGCUCCGAGGCCAAAACCCCAGAGACCCAGAGAGUCAAACCCCGCAGGACAUGGGUGCCUAUGACUCCCCGACAACAAAUCACCAAGUCCCCAUGGUUACUUAAGAACAGCCUCGGGUUCAGCCAUUUCGGGGAAGCUGCAUGGGAGGUCUUUACCCGGCGUAUUGAAACUCUUUGAUUUCCUUCCUUCCAUCUAUCCUGUGUCACUCGACUGCAUCCUCAUCUCGAGAACGUGGCCAACUUCUCCUUGUGAGACGCUUCAGCGAUCAUGGCCGUCCACAAAAAGCAUGCCGCGUCUCAUUCGAGCAGCUACAACAGGCUGGUGACAGUGGCUGCAGCUUUCGGUUCCAUGACAUAUGGGUACUGCUCGGCCAUUAUUGGUAGCACAAUCGGCCAACCGGGAUGGUAUCAUUUCUUUGACCUGCCCGAGGAAGGCCAGCCAGGCUAUGGAGGAAAAACUACUCAUGCCAUUGCGACAGCCAACGGUGUCUACAGCGCAGGCGGAGCAGUCGGAUCUCUCUUUGUUAUGUGGUCCGCCACUGCUCUCGGUCGCAAGCGAAGCAUUCAGCUCGGCGCCAUACUGGCAAUCAUCGGCGGUGCGUUCCAAGGUGGUGCUGCCGCACUCGCCAUGUUUCAGGUCGGUCGAGUCAUCUCAGGUCUAGGAAUCGGCAUUCUGGUUACGGCUUGCCCUAUGUAUCUCGCUGAGCUUGCGCCUCCCGAAAGUCGGGGUUGGCUCGUCGGUCAUCACGCGAUAUUUCUGGUAUUCGGAUAUAUGCUUUCGGGCUGGCUUGGUUAUGCAUGUUACUUCGCAACAGACAAGAACGAAUCUUUCGCCUGGAGAUUUCCUCUGUGCAUUCAGUCGCUGCCCCCGCUUGUCCUGAUCAUCACCUCGAUAUGGAUUCCCCGAUCACCUCGAUGGUUGCUUCAACAAGGCAAAAUCGAAGAAGCCUGGAAGGUCAUUCAAGCGUUACGAAGGUCACCCGAAGAUCCGGAUGAUCUGGUCGCCAGAGAAGAACUGUACCAGACUCGGGAACAACUCGCCCUUGAUUCGGCCAAAUUGAAAGCUACCGGCUAUGGCCCAUGGAUGGCAGUCAUCAAGAAGAAAAGCUACCGCAAACGAAUGAUCAUCGGCUUCCUGACUCAAUGGGGAGCCGAGUUUGCUGGGCCGUUGGUCAUUAACAACUAUGCGGUCAUUUUGUACACCAACCUCGGCCAAACAGGUUCCAUGCCUCUUCUCUUGUCUGCUCUUUGGCUGACAACAGCCGGUUGCCUUUAUAACCCUGGCGGUGCCUGGCUCCACGACAGGGUCAAUUCCCGCCGCCUGAUGUACAUGAUCGGUAUCGCAGGCUGUCUAGUAACUACCUCGCUUCUAUGCGCUAUGCUCGCCACCUACAGCAGCACUACCAACAAGGGCGGCAACGCAGCCGGCGUGUUUUGUGUGUUCUUCUACCUCACCUUCCAAGGCACUUUCUGCGACACGACAAUGUACCUGUACGUUUCCGAGAUUUUCCCAACCGAGAUCCGUCCCAUCGGCAUGGGCUUCUCCUUGUUUGGCCAAUUCGCCGCCACGCUAAUCCUGCUCCAAACCGCCCCCAUCGGCUUCGUCACCAUUGGCUGGAAGUACUACCUCAUCAUCGUCUGCUGGUGCAUCGUCUACCUACCCAUGAUCUACUUCUUCUGGCCCGAGACGGCGCGCCUCUCGCUCGAAGAGAUCUCCGCCAAAUUCGGCGACGAUGUCGCCGUGCAUGUCAACGAUGUGAGCGAAGAGCAGCGCCGCGAACUGGACGAGUUCCUCAAGUCAAAGGACAUUGUGCACACGGAAGCGACCAGCAACACGACGCAAAAUCAAUCGCCGACCGAGAUUGAGGAGAAGACGUCGUCGAAAGUGUAGUUACUCGGCAGCAGGUGAGACCUGGCGAUGAAUCCAAAAGUGAUUGUAGCGGGAAAAGGUGCAUGUUGAGCAAGUACGGUAUAUGAUCCGCGCAUGACUUCUCACAGGUGGUGAGAGAAGCCUAAGCACCCAAUUUGGGUAUAUAUUUAAAUCUGGCAGAAGCAAGAGAUUAGUAUCAGAUUGUCAACGG